CGAAUAAGUUCCUUUCCCGUUAGCAAUCGAUCUGUCCCUAUGGCUUACGUUGCAAGUCUCGAUGCCAUUGAAUUUUUCCGUGAUGGCAAGAGACAUAUACGAGUCUACUACCAAUUUAGUGGUGUGGACAAAGUUAUCCGGGAAUCCUGCUAUCAUCAAGAACAUGGCUGGUUCGUCAAAGGCGACGGUGUGGUCACCGACCUUGCGAAGAACAAUACGCCCAUUACAGCUACGCGCUGGACUGAGGAUGGAGGAUCAACGCAGAUCCGAGUGUUCUUUUUGGAUGAGCAGAAUAACAUUCGGCAGGUAUAG